AUGGCAUUUGCGGAGAGAAGGCAUCCGGAGACUUCUACAUUUCAUCUUCCUCACGGUGAGAUUACCAUCACUUUUGAUGAUGUGGCAUGCCUCCUGCAUCUACCUAUUAGGGGUAUCCUUCUUGGUCACGGUAGGCUGAGGAAGGAGGAAGCAAUGGAGAUGUUGAUUGUUGAGCUGGGGGAUGAUCCUGAUGACACGCUUGAGGAGGUGGAGAGGACCCGCGGAGCCCACGCCAGGUUUGGCUUCUUACGGAAGAGAUAUGAUGUCGAGCUUCUUACGGCACAGGAGACUGUUGGUGACGAGGUAGAGACGGAUAUACACAAAGAGCGGGCACUGAGACAUUACUUCCUAUAUUUGAUAGGCACUCAGCUCUUUGUGGACACGAGUUCUUCGUACACAGACGUCGUCUACCUGACGUACUUAUCAGAUACAACAUGUAUCCAUGAGUACAACUAG